CGGACAAUGCCCCCUAGGCGUGUGUGCUCACACUCUUUGACGUUCUCAGGACAGUGACGUUGCCUGACAACACAUUUCUCAGAGCCCAUCAACGCACGACCUCUGAUCUUGGGUGUCCUCUGCUCUGUGGUCAGCAAUUCCUCAUGCAGGUAAUAGGGCGGUGGGCUGCCUGCCUUUGCUAGAACUCUCUUCCUGUCCAUCCCCAGCCCCAAGCUGGACAUUAGAAGGAGGAGGGCCUGAAGUGCCUGCCUCCUCUCUCCCCACCACAACACGGGGGACCAGCGCUGGGCACCAUCUUCAGCCCUCGCCUUCAAGCUUUUGUCCGCUGACUCUGCAUAGAGGAAAGACUGUGGCCUGUUGAUUUAGCGCCGUAAGCAGAUGGCGCCACUCGAGGGCAUUCAUUCUGCCCUUGCCACCACCACAGGCUCUCGCCAGCCUGAGCACAACCUCUUUCCCCAAGCAUUCCUUCCCGUCUCAUCCUUUUCUCUCUGGGACCCGCUCUUCCCCAGACACCCCGGGCCCAACAUUCCCUAGGGACCCAGGCUGAGGACCCAGUGUCUUGGUUAUGACCAUACUAGGAAGCAUUAGACCCUUCUGUGGCUGCAAAGCCUUGACUCAGUUUCCUUCCUUUCGGUACACCCUGUCAGGCCCUUGUGAGUUAGGAAAGACAAGUGCAAACUGAUUCUGAGGUUUGGUUGCUCAUCCCCACCCUCCACCCCUCACUCCCAGCCUAUCCAUGGACGAUAGCUUCUUCCUGUCUGUCCGGUCUCUGCAGACAGGCUGAGGGCUUGGGAAGGGAGGUGCUGGCGUGGUUGGAGGUAGGGAACAGGGGUUUGGAAAAGCCAGAUGCAGCACAACCGUUCUGUCCAGAGCUGCAGGUCCACAGAUUCCAGGCCAAGCCAGCCAAUGCGGAAAAGCCCUCUAAUCUCAGAGAACAAAAGAAUUCUGUUGUCCAGCUUCCCUGCCGGACCCCACUCCUAAGGCCCUCCCCCAUCGCCCCCUGGCUGAUUCAUAGAAAUUUGGAGGCCCCCAUGAGCCCAGUCUCGUAUUCCAUGAAGUGAAUUCAGCGUGACUGGCCUUGCAAGCAGAGUUGAGGAAUGUCCUCUGUGUCAGUUAGGUCUAUGAGCGCCAACUUUGUCACAAAGAGAAAGACAGGCUCUCCCAGCCCCUCUUUCUCGGGCUUCUCGGCCCUGACUAUGCGCGCUCGCACCUUGGCUGCGCCACCUCCCAGCAGCUCUGAUCCGGGUCCAGUCCUCCAAAGCUGGGGAAGGGCAGGGGUGGGGCCAGCGCCUCCCAGGGAUUAGGAGUCCUCCAUAAAGGGGACUGGCCACCCACAGCAGCCAGCCGGUGCUAGGACCUGGCCCUGUGCCCGUCCCCCUGCCAUGUGGGAACUGCGCCAGGCCCCUUUCUGCAGGGCUGUUUUUGCUGAGUUCUUUGCCACCCUCUUGUUCCUAUUUGGGCCCGGAGCCUCACUGCGCUGGGGCCCGGGCCCCCUGCCAGUCCUCCAGGUAGCUCUGGCCUUUGGUCUGGCCUUGGCCAUGCUGGUGUAAGCAGUGGGCCACAUCAGCGGGGUCCACAUCAAUCCUGCGGUCACCCUGGCCUUCCUGGUGGGUGCCCAGAUGUCCCUGUUCCGUGCCCUCUGCUACGUGGCAGCCCAGAUGCUGGGCGCCGUGGCUGGGGCUGCUGUGCCGUGUGGUGUCACCCCCGCCGUCCGAGGAAACCUAGCCCUGAAUACGCUGCACCCUGGGGUGAGCAGCCAGGCCACCGCAGUGGAGAUCUUCCUGACGCUCCAGCUCGCGCUGUGCAUCUUUGCCACGUAUGAUGAGAGGCGGAAUGGCCGCCUGGGCUCUGUGGCCCUGGCCAUUGGCCUCUCCCUCACCCUGGGCCACCUCUUUGGGAUGUACUAUACUGGUGCAGGCAUGAACCCUGCUCGCUCCUUUGCUCCUGCUGUUGUUACCUGAAACUUCACCAACCACUGGGUGUUCUGGGUGGGCCCAGCCAUUGGAGGAAGCCUGCGUGGUCUCCUUUACGACUUCGUGCUCUUUCCCCGGCUCAAGGGCGUUUCAGAAAGACUUCUUAAGGGUGUCAGCCCCUUGGAAGCCAGGGAGGCCAGCGGACAGCCCGAGGACACAGAGGACGCUGCUGAGCUGAAGACCCUGUGAAAGCUCCAGAGGGAGGAGAGAGGGUGUAGGAAGUCUCUGGGUUUACGUAGAGAGGCUGAGCCAGUGCUGGUGAAGAAAGAUGCUGUGGGAGGGAGGGACACGGACACGUGCUGCUUUUUAAAUUUUGUAUGGAUUUUUUUUUCCUUUUGUGGUGUGAAAUCCUUCAAGUUGCAUUUAUGAGCUGUUUGGUGCAAACACCCCUUCCUUUCCAUUCUUCCUUUCCCACCAGUGUGUUUGUGAGUGUUCGUCGUGCGUAUGAAAGUGAGCGACUGUGGUUGUGCUUGAAUUUCCAGGCACAGGGAGAAGUGGGGAAGGGGAAGAGGUGUCACACUGCUUCCUCUCAGGCCUGCAAGGUGAGCUGGGAGUAAGUCUGCACAUUUCUGGCCUCUACCCUGCUGCCAGUCAGAGAGUCUGGCUCUAGUUUUCUGAGGGAGCCAGGAGGCAGGAGUUACUCUUCACAGGGGCCAGUGCAGGAGCCGAGGCAUUUCAAGGGCUGCUGGAGGGGGCAGGAGUGGGAGAGAAGUUAUGGGGGGGUUAGCCUCUGAGUAGCAUGAAAUUUUACCAAAAAAUUUGGGGAAGCUAAUGGUAGCUUGCUGACUUCAGGAUCUUGCUCAGGCUCCAGUGGGCAGUGGUUCUGAGAAUAUGGAAAGCUCUGGGUUAAGCUGUUUUGUAAAACCACACAAACCUGGGGCCUCCCUGGUGGCGCAAGUGUUAAAGCACAGCGCAGCACU